CUUUGCGAGAAGCUGCCCACCUAAGAGACCUGCUGUCCCACUCGAAGCUUCAGCAUGAGCACAUGGAAGAUGCGAUUGGUGCUUUCGUCCUCCUUGCUGGUGUUUUUGGUGGCCACGGUGGCUGAGUCAGCGUACGAGCAGCAGUUUCAGACUUUCACAAGAUAUGGAAAGCGAGGGAUGAACGAGUUAGAAGGCAAGCAGCUUUUCUUCACCAACUCGCGUUACGGAAAAAGAGUUCCCGGCCCGAUGGGAAACAUGGUUCGCCUGUGGGGCGGCGGUCGCCCUAAAGGCAACGUGCAGCCCAGGGCGGAUAAAUUCUUCAUAAACAGCCGCUAUGGAAAAAGAUCUUCGACGCCCGCGCAGUCAAAAGAAGAGUUUUAUCCAAUCAUGACCGAAUCUCCGGCAGCGAAUUCCGAAUUGGCUACGGGACCGACGCUAAUCUGCAAGUACACUGGCUUCAAUCGGCUGUACCAGUGUUUAGAAAGGAAGGACGUUUCAACUGCGGACGCGACCAAGGACGUCGCCCAGAGUAACGAAGAAAAUCAGAGCAAUGAGUAGUUUGCCAUAGUUUUUUGGUUCCCAUAUUGGACAAUUUAAACAAAUUUAGUUUGACGCUGUUGUGAAUUCGAUAUUUUUUGAGGCUGGGACUAGAAAUUUUAAUUGAUGUUUUGAACUGAGUGUACAGAGUGUAGUUAAAAAUUAUCAGUGAUGUAUUAACGCAAAUCUGCAAUAAAAACGCUAAAUUGC